CUUUGCUCCAGUUGAUUGUAAAUGUUUACAACUUAAACACAGUGAAUCAGUUCAGGAUUCGAAUCAUCUUUAACGAAAACUGAACAAAAGAAAAACUCGAAAAAAACAAAAAGACCAAAUCAAUACAAGUCGACAAUUAAGAUCACUGCUAGUUCAUAAGUUGUUAUGGAGGAAAACCAAGUGCCAUUGGUAAACAUGAACGGAUUAUUGGUGACAUGGAUUAACUUCAACUAUUUAAGAUGUAAUCAUUAUUGUAACAAUAAUGAUCAAGUUAUGGUGAUAAAAUUAUUCUUUUAAAUGGCCAAAUUAGAUUAAAAAAGUGAAUAUUUUUGAAUUAUUGAAGCCAUCACAUUCAAAUAAAGAUAUCUCAUGUUUUGAAAAGUCUCAAAGCUAUAAAGUUUCAGCUCGUUCUUGUUUAUGUUCAAUUAAAGCAACCAAUCAAGCUACAAUGACAACCAUUUUGGAUGGGAUAGUUGAUGAGCAAAAACCUUCACGUCAAACACUAUUUGAUUGCCUUCGAAGUAAUCUUCACCUUAAGUGCCUUGUAUUAACCUUCCUUAUACUAUCUGGAAUAGUAACCAUCCUUUGGUGUAAAAUUGGCCAAAUAACUCGUUUUAUCCUCAAUUUUCAGUCUUUACAAAUGGCUGGACGAAGACGUACAAGUCCCUGUGAUGAGGGUUACAUUUAUAUUCCAAUGGUGUUUGUUUUAAUGCUUUAUAUUGCAUAUUUAAUUGAAUGUUGGCAUUCAUCUACUCGUUCACAAUUGGUUUACAGUGUUGAUGCUAAAACGGUUGAAAAUUAUAUCCAGCAAAUGAAAGACUCUCAACCCAUUAUUUGGUGGAAAGCAGUUUGUUAUCAUUACAUGAGGAGAUCAAGAACGUUGACUCGAUAUCGAAAUGGUGAAGCCUCAACAACAACCCAAAUUUAUUAUGAAAGGAUAAACACUCACAUUGCUGGGAGUUGCUUUUCCUAUGCUGGUUGUGGUUAUAAAGAUGUAUCAAAAAAUUUGAUUGACUUGGACAAGCAUCCAUCAACUCGAAUUAAAUUUAGCAAAGGAUUUGCUUUUGCUACCAUUGAAGCUGCCAAUGAAUUUGAAGUCCAAAGAAAUCGAUUUUUUCAUGAAUGUGAAAGACAUGAUGAUUAUCUUGAAAUGAGGGAAGGUCUUGACUUAAUUGGAUGUAAUUUUCAAGAAUACAUGAUCUCAUCUGCAGAUAAAUCGUUGGUGCCUUGGUACUUUUCACACUUCGCUUUCUGGGUAUUUUCAUUUGCUCUUCUUUCAUGGCCUAUCCGUAUCUUAAUUGAGCUCAAAACAUCCCAUGUUAAUUAUCAGGUUACUAAAUUAUUUGGUUUUAACCAGUUAAACCAAGCUGGCUUCAAUCGUAUUGGUAAUUUUGCAAGCAUCGAUUCCUUUGAGCUUGUUGCUAAUUGUACUCUUGCGCCUAGUUAUUCAGAGGCAAUAUUAAUUUGUAAUAUAAAUAAUAAUAGUAAUAAUAAUAAUUCUGUCAAUGGAAUGAAUAAUCAAGCGGUUAAUUUAGUUUCUGAUGUAACCAAUCAAGAUGAUCAAACUGGUUCAAUGGAUCAUUCAAAGGUUUCUGGUGAUUCUUUGGCUAUUCAAAUGUCUUCAUCAAAUAUUAAUGGACAAUCAUGUAGUCGUACUUCAUUGAUUAAUGGACAAUUUGUGUAUUUACCUCGACCAUUGGGUCAUGGACAGUCUAAUGUUGUUCAUCUUGAUGAUCCAUCAACCUGUUUAAUAUCAACUACAAGUUUAUUGCGCGAGGAAACAAAUAACAGCAACAAUGAUAACACAAACCAAGCCAAUCCACCCACGUAUGAAGAGGCAAUCACUGAAUGUCGACCUUUAUUAACCCAAAUGAGACCUUUGAACAGGUCGAUAACUGUUGAUCGUGAUUUCUUCCGCCGUUUGAGUAACCAAAUAAGAAACCCUUGGGGAAGUUUGACCAAUUUUCUUGGUUUAUCGCACACACGGUCCUCUGCAUCUAUUAAUUUAACUACCGAAAGGAAUGCUGUUGAGUUGUGAAUCAUGUUGAAAUCAACAACGAAAAGACUCAACCUUUGUGAAACUGCAUUGACUGAUUCAGAUAUUCAUGCUCAUUCAGUAUCAGCUACAAAUAAUCUCAGAAAUAAUUGAGCUACAAGGUGAAUUGUAAUCUGAACACAGAUACUCACAGGUACAAUCUUGUUUCAUUUUCAAGCGAAAUUUCUUGACCUUAUCACACAGAUCAAGAGCGUUAUUUACGUGUACAAAGCCAAUAGCUUUACGAUGAGCUAUUUCACUUGUUUGAAAAAUCAAGAAAAAAUUACUGAAAUAUUGUAAUGUUUAAAGAUUAUGAAGAUAAAUUUGAUAAAA